AUGUUGACAUUGUCUGUGUACUUCUUCGUCACUUCUCAAUUGAUUGUUAAUGCACUCGCCUACAAGAUAUUAAUAUGCAAUCCACAGACUGGAUAUAGUCACGUUGCAUUCUUAGGACAAAUUGCUGACAUACUCGUCGAAGCUGGUCAUGAAGUGGUAAGUUUGAGAGGGAAUAAGGAGAUUAUCGCAGUUUAUGGUAUUGUAGCUGGUGAGAAGCAUUGUGAGAUUUCUGGUUUAUGA